UCUUUUCAUUUUCUCUCACUUGAAAACCAUACAAAGAUCUAUUUUUUCCAUAUUUCUCUGUGCCUAAUCUCUGGAUCAAAUGUUGCAAGACCAGGCGACCAGCUCUCUUGCCGCCAGCUCUCUGCCUUCGAGCAGUGAGAGGUCUUCCAGCUCUGCAUUCCAGCUCGAAGUUAAAGAAGGCAUGGAAAGUGAUGAGGAGAUCAGGAGAGUGCCGGAGAUUGGCGGCGAAUCAGCCGGAGCAUCGGUCUCUGGCAGGGAAGCCGGUUCCGUGGCCGGUCCAGACCGGGUCCAAGUGGCAGCUGACCAACGAAAGAGGGGAAGAAGCCCAGCUGACAAGGAAAGCAAGAGGUUGAAGAGGUUGUUAAGGAACAGAGUCUCUGCUCAGCAAGCGAGGGAAAGGAAGAAGGCAUACUUGAGUGACUUGGAAGUUAGAGUGAAAGACUUGGAGCAGAAGAAUUCUGAGCUUGAUGAGAGGCUCUCUACUUUGCAGAAUGAGAAUCAGAUGCUUAGACAUAUAUUGAAGAACACAACAGCAAGCCGGCGAGGAGGUAGUGGUGCAAAUGCUGAUGGAUCUUUGUAGGAUAGGGUGUGAGAGGAGGGUUUGUAAGAAAUCUAAGGAUAGAGCUACUCAAUGAACAUAUGUGAGGCAAUACAACUUUAAUAUUCUGAGACAACAGACUUGGCAUGCUUAAUUUAGAUUAGCAUUUCCUUUUAAGUUAUCUUCACUAUUACUGCUUCAUUUGCUUGCCA